CUCAGUUGCGUGUACAACAACAUCACUGUCACGGCUUGAGAAGGAAAAAAAAGUGCAGUGCUGGUUAAGAAACUGUGAAGCCUGCGCUCCCCUUCCUGUGGCCCCGGGCUUGAGAACCUCUUUCUGAUCACAGCUUGUCCAUGUGACUCGGUUUCCGCUGCCUGCCUGCUUCCGUGAAUAGUAAAAAGAGGCAUCAGUGUUUGAGCGAGACCAGAGGAAGGCAGCCGAACGUCACACACGAGAACACACUCUGCAGCGGCGAGUCAACCAGCGAUAUGGUCACGGGAUCGACCGUCAGUGGCUGGGGAAAUCUACACCCAACCACCAGUUAAAGAUGUUAAAAUGCCAGUCCACGGGCUCACUCCCAUCCUGCUUUGCUUGUCACCCGUGUGGAUAAUCCUGACACCGAUCUCGAGUCAUCCACAGCUCAGCCGAUGCCAGCUGAUACAAAGAGCAGCUCUCUGCAACAACGCCAAGCUCUCGUCUGUGCCUCCGGGGCUACCGUCCUACAUCGAGGAGCUUCAGAUCAACUACAAUCACCUGCAAACACUAAAGGACAACUCUCUCCUCCAUUACACCUCACUAAACACCCUGAGCUUGGCUUGUAACAGUUUGGAGAAAUUAGAAUCAAACACUUUUCAAGACUCAAAGUGGUUAGAAAGCCUCAAUUUGGCAAAUAACAAUCUUUAUAUCGGCUACCCAGACACCAGCCAUGCAUUAAAGAAGCUACCUGGUCUUAGGGCUUUAGAUCUGUCUGAGAAUAAGCUUAAUGAUGAAAUGGCCGCCACUCUCCUUCAGAAUCUGACGUCCUUAGAGUACCUGAAUCUUUCCGGAAACCUCUUGCAGAGACUUGACGAGACCUCGUUCAGGGACCUUCACCAGCUCAGAGAACUGGACCUGCAGAGGAACAUCAUGUUCGAGAUUGACGGCGCCUUCGACAACAAUCCCAAGCUCCAGCGGCUCAACUUGGCCUUUAACUAUCUGCCUUGCCUAACUGACUUCCACAUGACCCAGCUGGUGGUCCUCAACGCCAGCCACAACUUCAUUGAGUGGUUCAUCUCCAGACAAGACCUCAAUGACACUUUCCAGCUGGAGACACUCGAUCUAUCAGAUAACAAUCUGCUCUUCUUUCCUUUCUUGCCCAGCCACAGUCACUUACGGAACCUUUUCCUGUCCCACAACAGCAUUAGGUUCUACGGACACUUGGCAGACAACACCACGUUCCCGAACUCGACUAAUACCAUUGAGUUCUACAAUCUGAAGAAGUACCAGGGCAACGUGACCGCUCAGUUGUGGAAUGACAGUCUUCACGGUGACAUCUCCUCUCUCAAGAUUUUGGAUCUGAGAGGAAACCAGGUGGAGUAUUUCCCCCCAGGGUUCAUCCAGACAAUGCCUACCCUGUCCAGACUUCAAAUGUGCAAAAACUGCCUGGAAACCUUAAAUCUGACUUCUGAACAAUUCUCCGGCAGCUUGUACGAGUUGGAUGUCAGCGACAACAGGCUCAGCCGGAUUGUAGCAGAUGAAGGUACGCUGACCACUCUUGGCAAUCUGACAUACUUUAACCUGAGCCUGAAUGAGCUUGGGGGGUUACCCUCAAAAUUCUUUCAGUCGCUGCCAAGCCUCGGGUCGGUGGAUCUGAGCUAUAACAACAUUGGCAUUUGUCUUUCUGAAGAAACUGAGGUCAGUGCAGACAGUAUCUCGGCUUGUGUGGAUUGGAAAAACAUUGCGUCCCUUGGGCAGCUUUACCUUAAAGGAUGCAACCUCGAAAUAAUCCCAUCGUCUGCGUUCGCAGGGUUGUCGCUAACACACCUGGAACUGUCCGAUAACCCGGGGCUCAUUAUCCAACAAUCAAUACAAGGUCUCAGCAGAACUUUAAAGCAUCUAGGUCUAGCAAACACUCAGAUACAAGACUUUGACUUGUCCGGUUUCAAACGUCUGAUGUUUUUAAACCUUUCGAGGAACUCUCUUGCCCAUCUCCCCCCUUCACUCCUAAAUCUUGACCUGAAAGUGCUCGACUUGAGGGACAACCGACUGUCCACCAUCCCCUCAGGCCUGGCUGCCCAGUUGGCUGCAAAACUUAACGUUGUUUUCCUCACAGGAAAUCCGUUCAACUGCUGCCAAACAGAAUGGUUCAGGACAUUUGAAACAAAAAAGACAGUCCAUAUGAUCGGGCUGUCAGACAUUGAAUGUGAAUAUCCCGUCCAAACAACACACAGCGUGCAGCACUUUCAGUCAUCUGUGUGUUGGGGAGAAGGGGGGGAAUCUAUUCUCUGGUACAUUCUGCUUUUUGUACCCAUAUGUCUUUCGUUUGUUGGCAUUUCAGUGAUUGUUCUCCGCACCUUCCAGCCCAAGAUGCUACAGAAAUCAAUUAAAAAGAAGUGUUUGAGGCCUACAUCUUACUGAUACUUUAUAAACCCCACACAAAACUGUGUUUUGUGCAGUAUAGUAUUGAGAAAUGUAAGUGAAUGUAUUUUGGAAAUAAAUUCAAUUCGUCGUAAGACUGUCUACAUUAAUGAAGGAACAAGUGUACGAUAAGUACGUAAACAACAGGGCAUUCUGUUUUUCACAUUGCCUUUUUUGGUUCAUUGAAGUGUGUUUCAAAACCAGGCCCUAAUCCCGAUACCCCGAUGUAAAAAUGUGGCCGCGUUCCUGUCGAUG